AGAAACUGGGGAGAGACCGAAAGUUGGAGAGAGAAAGAGAGAGAGAGAGAGAGAAGCAGAUGGGUUUAAAGCCAGUAAGCUUAAGGUCCAAGCCUAUUGGGGGUUUAUGUUCAUCAAAUCCUUCUGCUUCAACAUGUUGUGACAUCACACCUAUGGAAGGCAUACAGACAGGCAGGCACUCAUGCAGGGAUGAGACAUUACAUUGUGAUGAAGAGUUUUUCCUACUUAGCACAGACAGGCGUCCACCUCCAUCAUUGACUUUCGACCCUUGAGGUAAUCAAAGAAAAAUGCUAAUUUCAAGGUCAUCGGUACGUAGGGUAGAUGUUUGCCGUGGUUAAUUGCAUUACUAGCCGCGUGGAAUUGUAACAGUGAUUUUAUUUGACUUAAAGAAUAAAGCAUUUAACAUUGAUGGGACCUCCAUUUCCCCAAAGGAAGGCUAGUUAUGGGACAAACAAGUACAAAGCCUGUUAACGUACGUAGCCCUCCAGAGUUAAUGGCUCCCUUGGCAUAGAUUAGCAAAACAACUAUCAAAUAGGUUCACUGGUUUUCAUCAGCUUGAUGUUGAACUAAAAAUAUAAGAUAAAUGAAUUGAGGUAGAAUUGUUCAAAGAAUAAAACAAUUCUUAAUAAAAAAAUACAUAUUUCUUUCAUCAAAAACCUGUCACAAUUAUUAGAAGCCCUAGAAAUUCAUAUGAACCAAAUUUACCAGAAGUAUCUUCUCCCUCGUUGGGUCAAGGUCAUCUGAGUCAGCAGGAAUUCAGUGGUAUUAAAUCAUGACUUCCUGUUUCACUGCAAUGUAAAGUGACACUCAUGCCAAAUUCCUUAAUUCAUUUAACAACAUGGGGUGGAGUCAGAGAUCACACAAAUAGGGGAAAAAAACACCCAUCCCCACUUAUUAUAGCUGUAAUUAAGACGUUUUAAUCAAUUGGAGCUGCCAGGAAGAGGACCCAAAUGUAUUUUGCCCCAUGCAGAUUAAGACAGAUGAUUUGAGAGGUAAAAAGCUAACCAAGAAUCUGAGUUGGAGAAUUGCGGAAGUUGGUUUAACCUCAGUGUCACCAAGUCUUUAUAACUACUAUACUCUAUACUCUAUAGACUUCACCCCAUGCCAACAAGCUCUUUGGAUGCAUUCCAUGAAGAAAGCCUCUACUCUCAAGGCAAUAACACAAGCACAUGGGUUAUUGCUUAAGGUAUUUGGAACUGGGUUCUUAGACUGAUGUUUUGUGUUGAUUGACAGAAUCCAAAUCUCGGGAUUUUUCCCCCAAUAGCUUCAAAAUUUGGGCUAGGCUGCCCUCUGCUGGCCGCACGAAGGACAAAUACUACAAAAUAAUAUUUUUACUGAGGUACUCAGAACUCUUUACAUAGUAAUGGGGGAAACCACCUCACCCACCACCAAUGUGUUACACCACCAAGACUAUGCAGAGUGGGAAGAACUAUCCCCUUAUAUCAAUGUCAAUGAUAAGUCUAUACAUCCUAUUUCUACACAUUAAAUUGUGUGCAACAGACAAACUCCAUAUAACCACUCAAAAACCGAGCCUAGUAAGUAGGAUCCCCAGUUCAGUUGUUUCCAUUCACAAAAAAAGGGCUUUACUUUGGGCAGUGGGGCUUAAAGAGAGUGUGUCACAAAGGAACUCACGCUAUUGGGUAUCUGUGAAAGGCCCCAGCAGCACCAUAGGUAUUGUGUUCUCAAGAGGCGAGUCAGGUUUCCUUGACAACCGCUGGAUGCCUACCAAGAGGCCUAAGGACAGAGAAAGGGAAGGCCAGAGAAGGAGGGAAAGCGAAGGAAGACAAAAACAAAUGAGAGACUUUCCAGCCCUGGGUUUUCUCCUAGUUUUUUCACGAGGUCGUUUUUGAAAGAAGGCGCGAUGGAGGAGGUUGCUGCCCGGUUGUGACUGAGACUAAGAGCCAGGCCCACUUCUUGACGCUGCAUCAUGCGCUUGGCACUGCGACCACGCAGUGGCUGCCUGGUGCUGUGUCUGUCCGCCUCUCUGCUCACGCUGCUUCUGCAGAGCCUGUGGGUGCCACCGGAAAUAACCAGAGAGGAGCCGCUGCUGGGUGCCGGGAGGUCUCCUGAGGAACAGGGUCACCAUAGUCAUGGCGUGCGCAGACUGGCUCUUCGCUUGGAAACUCUGAACUCUCAGGUGCAGCGGCUGACGAGGGAGAGAGACACUCGCCAGCUCACUAAAGAGGACCUCUCCCUCCUGUUGCAAAGUCUCCGGCAGGACCAGGAGGGCUUGGUGAGGUCUGUGGAGAGAGAGCUACAGAGAAUGGCCCAGAAACUGGACCGCAUCGGCCAUCUGCCUCACACACCGCAGCUGCCAGACAACCACAGAUCGCAGACAGGUGUCCAUGAGGUGUGUGCGGUGCCCGAGGACCCUGUCUAUCCCCACUGUGCUGAGAAAGUUGAGUUCCUGGGUGCCCGUUGGAACUCUGACCCCUGCUAUGCUUUCUACGGUGUGGACGGUACCACAUGCUCCAUCCUGACCUACCUGAGUGACAGAGAAGACUUCUGUCCGCCCCGUCCAGGAAGAAAUCAUUCAGCGCCGCCGUGGCAUCAGCAACCACACGGCCACACAGUGGAGGCGGAAAUACGGACCACGCUGAGUCCGUUGUAUGAGGUGUUUGAUGGAAUUCAAGGACCGGCGGAGAAGUUCAUCCGCUCCAGGGUGGAGAGGCUGUCUGGUCUCUGGGUAAAGACUGGACAAAGGAUGAGAGAGAACACUGCUAACCAGACCUCCCUGCAGAAGAGGGUCCUCCUUUACCCAGGGGUCCUGUCCGGGGGAGCGGGCCAGAGGUUCGGGACCAUGGUGAAUAGGGGAGGACCCCUGGGCGAGCUGGUGCAGUGGGCUGACCUCAGUGCCUCUCUCUACAUCCUGGGUCACAAUGUGACCUUUACUAUCUCUCAGCGCCACCUACAUAGUGUGAUCGGAGCAGCCCCGGGCAGAGGAAGCUGCCCCAUCCAGAGACCCCUCACCUUUGACCUCAUCUAUACAGACUACCACGGCCUCGCCCAUCUCCAGGGAGCCAUGGGCCUGGCCUUCCAGCAUUACCAAUGCCGUUUUCGAAUCCUUGACUCUUUUGGUACGGAACCGGCCUUCAACCUCGGGACGUACGCACACAAAUACGGUUACAAGACGCUGUGGGGAAGCUGGGGCCUACAGCCGCUGCAGUACAUGACCAUGUUCCCUCAUACUCCUGAUAACUCCUUCCUGGGUUUUGUGAGUGAGGAGGCGCAGUCACCCCAGGAGGAGAGGGAACAGGAAGGGCAGCCAAGGACUUCUGUCAAGGACAACAUGGCAGUGGUCUACGGGAAACAGGACUACAUGUGGCAGGGCAAGGAGAGUUACCUGGAAGUGAUCAGUCGGGAGCUGGAGACCCACGGCACAGUGUACCAGCCCGCAGGCCAAUCCGCUCGGCUUCCCGGUGAAGUCAUCAACCACGGCCUGCUGACCCAGGAUCAGUUCUUACAGCUCCUCAGGAGAGCCAAGGUGUUUGUGGGCCUUGGGUUUCCCUUUGAGGGUCCAGCUCCGUUGGAGGCCAUAGCUUCAGGGUGCGUCUUCCUCCAGCCGCGCUUCCAGCCUCCUCUCUCCUCUGAAAACAGCCCCUUCUAUAAAGGGAAGCCGACAACACGACUGGUCUCCUCUCAGCAUCCCUACGCUGAGGAGUUCAUUGGCAAGCCCUUUGUGUGGACCGUUAACAUGACUAACGCCACUGACGUCCAAGAGACGGUCCAAGCUAUUCUACGCACGGAGGUCAAGCCCUUUACCCCUCGAGAGUUCACCUGCGAAGGGAUGCUGGAGAGAGUCCAUGCUUACAUCACCCAUCAGGACUUCUGCAGUGCAUCUUUCCCUACCUGGCCACCAGAGAGUGCUCUGAGAGUACACCUGGGCCCCCUGGGCCAGUCGUGUGGGAGUGUGUGUCGACGGGCCUUCCUGGUGUGUGAGCCGGCCCUGUUUCACCACCUUAACAGCCCAGCAGCAUUUUCUAGACUGGGCCUUUCCUGUGCCAGCAUGGACCAGGAAGUGGACAACCAUCUUUUUCCCGCCUACAGCCCAUGGGGGCGUCGGUGCGGCCUGCAGCGGGAACGUCUCCUUUUCAGCUGCGCUGGAUCCGACCCUGGCCAACGCAGACUGUGUCCGUGCAGAGCGCACCAGCCGGGACAGGUUGCACUCUGUCCCGAAUGCAUCUAAGGACUUGUUUACCAUACAACCGAGACAAUAAAAUGGCAGACAUAUCUCA